GAGGGCAGGCCGUUAAGUUGUGGUGUUGUUAAAGACAGACACAUGAGAGUUUGGCCGCAGCAGAUAACCGUCUCUGGUUUCGCGGAGCUGUGAGGGGUCGACAUGGACUACAGACACAACUUUUAAAUUCAGGAGGACGAUUGAGUUUUUAUUCCGAAGAAAGACUCAGUUAAACACCAAGUAAUAUGGAGAAGGAAUCCCCAUCUACCCCAACUGCUGUCAUCACCCAGGGGUCAUGACCUGUGCUGGAUAGACCUUCUCUUCCUCCCCCGUGCAGAUUCCUUCUUUACUGGUCUCCAGUAACCCCUCUGCUGCUCCUGUCCACUCUGCCAAAUCUCCAUCCUCCACAGAAAACACUACAGAACCCAGAAAAUUAUCCUGUUCCAUCCUCCCAUCCGCUCACACCAGCUAUAAAACGAUGGAUUCCCCACCCACAUUAGAGAAGUCACAGUCCCCUGCUGUGUCCUCUAAACCCACUUCUAAAACAGUUUCUACAAACCCUUCCUCUCCGACAUCAAACACGACACCACACUUUACUUCUUCUACCGCUCAAAUCCCCAAAACUCCAUCAUUUUCCAAGCUUUCAUCUGCCUCUUCUAUGUCAGCUAGCUCGACCUGUCACACGACAGAUGAUUCGCCUUCUUCUUCCUCCUCCACUGCUGUUUCCGCUAUUGCUCCUGCAACGUCUUCCACUGCCCCCAUGAAACGAACCUUUGCCUCCAUGGCCAAGCGGGUGAUAAUACAGGAGAGACUUAGGAAGGCUGAGGAGGAUAUCGAGGAUGAAGAGGAUGAUGAAGAACCAGAGGAAGAUUUGUCUGUGGAGCAGAUGAAAGAGAGGGCUGAAGCUGGUGAUGCCAGAGCUCAGACCCAGCUGGGUCAGCACUAUUUGAUUCUUGCUGAAGAGAAGGACACAGAACUAAAUAAUCAUAUGGCUGUUGACUGGCUAAUUAAAGCAGCUAAACAGGGAAGAAAAGGUGCAGCGAAGCUACUGCAGCGCUGUUGGAUGCAGAAAAAAGGAAUCACUCCAGAGAAUGAAGCCGAUGUGCGUAAGUUGUCGACAGAGAGCAAAUUUGAGCUGGCAGUACGUAAAGCAGCAAUGAUGAUGUACUGGAAACUCAACCCAGACAAAAAGAAGAAGGUGGCUGUGGCCGAGAUGCUGGAAAAUGUCAGCCAGGUCAAUGCAGUGCAGGGUGGCACUGCAAGCAGGAUUCCUAUCCCAACUUCGGGCCAGACCCAGAAAGUACUGGAGAGCAUUGUCAGCAGUGAGUCUACACAGCUGGUAGACCUGGAUGACUUUGUUGAGAUGACUAAAAAGUAUGCACAAGGUAUUGUCCCCUCUGCACCUCAAAGUGGCAGCCAGGUCAAGGCCAAGACUGCAAGCCCUACACAUGUUGAGAGUGUGGGGGAGCACAAGACUGAGCUGGUCCCAUCAGGAUACAAGAAGACCUCCAGAAGUUCUUGGGGUUUUGGCCGAAGUGGGAUGACUCUGGACUCACAUCAAACUGGAGCCAUAAGAACAGCCAUGGACAUGAAAUCACGCUUAAUGAUGUUGCAGUACCCCUUGCAUUCCAUUGUUGAGAUGAAAGAGAACCUGGUCGACUGGGCGUCGAGAGCUGGAGUCCAGUGGCUGAGCACGAUCAUCCCAACGCAACACGUCAACGCACUCAUUUUCUUCUUCAUCAUCAGCAACCUGACCGUUGACUUGUUUGCUUUUGUCAUCCCUUUGCUCGUCUUCUACCUCUCCUUCGUCUCCAUGAUCAUCUGUACUCUACGUAUUUUGCAGAGCAGCAAGACGUGGGAGAACUUCAGAGCCCUGACAUCUCUGCUGACAUGUUUUGAACCUGGCCUGGAUGUGGAACAGGCAGAAACCAACUUUGGCUGGAACAACCUCGAACCAUACCUGUAUUUCAUCCUGUCUGUUUUCUUCAUCAUUUUUUCCUUCCCUGUAGCUGACAAGGGCUGGAUCCCCUGUUCCGAGCUCUCCACCGUGGCCAUCUUCUUCACUGCUGUCAGCUACAAGAGCCUAAGCCCCACUGCUGCAACGUACGCAGGCCGAGCCAUGGUCAUAGAGGUAGCAUCAUCUCUGUGUAGUCUGACCCAGUUCCUGCCGGAGAACAUGACUGUGCUUCGUUUCCUGGGGCACACUUUUGCCACACUGCCGCUAGGAGAGUCAGUGGUGCUGAAGCUCAGUCUCCCUUGCCUGCUGUAUGUUUACCUGUUCUAUCUGUUCUUCAGCAUGGCCAGGAUGCGUGGUUUCAGGGGGACUUACUGCUUCCUGGUUCCAUACCUUGUGUGCUUCAUGUGGUGUGAGUUCUCUGUGGUGCUCCUCCAGAAUUCCUCUGCUGUGGGUCUGAUCCGCACCUGCGUGGCCUACUUUCUCUUGCUGUUUGCCCUGCCCGUUCUGACUUUUGGCCUUGCCGCCAUGCUCUUCAUCCAGCUUUUCAAGUGGUUCCUCGAGCUGGAACUGACUAAGAUGAUUGUGACCUUGGUAGUUUGUGCGAUCCCUGUCACUCUGCGGCUAUGGACACGGUUCAGCAUGUCUAUCCUGGAUGUCCUCCGCUCACUGACCCACCGCGGCCCGGUCAAACUUAUCUUACUCUGUAUCUCCAUGGUCAUCUUGUUCUUCUCUAUCUAUGUGUACCAUGCAGAGGGACAGAAGGUGUAUAAUUCCACCCUAACUUGGAGCCAGUACAGCCAGGCAUGUGGGCCACCUGCCUGGGAAUCUAAAGGCAUGGCCCAGACACAGAUCUUCUGUAGCCACUUGCACGGACAUAGAGUAACCUGGACUGGACGUUUCAAACAAGUCCGCGUGGCCGAGACAGAGAACGGGGCACGGUCAGUCAUCAACAUGUUACCAGUGUUCAUGGGAGACUGGUUGCGCUGUCUGUAUGGAGAGAGGUAUCCCAAAUGUGAGCCAAAGAACACCACAGUCGCAAACUUAACAGCUGCCAAUUUGGCAUCCAGUUCUGCAUCAGCUACUGCUUCACUGCCCACGCUGCUCCAAAUGCGAGAAGAAGAAGAAGAGUUGUGUCAGAUCAAGCUUCUGGCCAAAAACACCUGUCAUAUCAAGCGUUUUGACAGCUACCGGUUUGAGGUGACAGUAGGGACGAUCUUGAACGGAGGUGUGGAUGACCCAGCCAUGGAUAUAAUCCUAAUGGCCAGCCAUGAGUUCAGACAAGUUCUGCUAAACCUAAAUCCUGGUAACACGGUGGAGUUCAGCACCAAGCUGGAGGGCCGUCUAGGAGCCAGAGCUCCGGCCUUCGAGUUGAAGGCUAUCCACUGUCUGGACUGCGUUUCUUCACUGCUGACUAGAGGCCGACAGGUGAAGAUAGAGAGAAACUGGAGACGCACCACAAUGAAAGCCCUGAAGUUUGCAUUUGAUUUUUUCUUUUCUCCCUUCCUCUCAGCAAAAAUCACAACCUGAGAAUAAAGACAGUGAAACUUGAGAACACUAUAUAGACAAAAGUAUUGGGCAACCUGAGCCAUAACAGCUUCCACUCCUCUGGGAAGCCUUUCCACAAGUUUUUGGAGCAUUUCUGUGGGAAUCUUUGGCCAUUCAUGCAGUCGUGCAUUUGUGAAGUCAGGCGCUGAUAUUGGACAAAAAGGAUUGGCUUGCAGUCUUCGUUCGAUUUCAUCAAAGGUGUUGGAUGGGGUUGAGGUCAGGGGUCUGUGUGUGUGGGCCAAGUCCUUCCACACCAAACUCAUCCAGCCAUGUCUUUAUGGACUUUGCUUUGUGCACCGGGGCACAGUCAUGCUGGAAUAGAA